CAUCCAUGAACUCUCAACACGUUUCACACACACACAUUCAUCACAAUGAGAGGAAAUGACGUCACCAAUGUUUUGAAUCAUAAGAAGCAGCCUGCAACCACUGCACCGACCAGCAUCCUCACAACUUACAGCUUCAUGUCCCCAUAAACACUGUCACGUAGGAGAGCAGCAAUGGACCUCCACAAAAUCAUCCACAGUGCCCUGCACGAAUUUAUCAAGGCUUACAUCUCUGAUGCUGAUCUCAGCACACUGGAUGAUGUUCUUCUGUCUUACAUCACUGGAGUCCUGGAGGAUCUGGGCUCCCAGCAGAGUGUUGAGGAGAACUUUGACGUGGAGGUCUUUGCAGAGAUGCUAGAAGCUUACAUACCUGGCUUUGCUGAAAUUGACAGUGUCAAAGUCUGCGAAAUGAUGUUCAAUCUGGCUUCAAAACUAGCCACUGCUCGGACCUCAGCUGAUGAAGAAAACAUUGAGUCUAAGGCAAGGACAGAAGAGAUUUCAUUGAAACUCACCAACCUGCCCAGUGAACCUCCACCAGCAGAAACGCAGUGCCUUAAAACACAGACAGAGGGCGCCACUGCCAAGCUACCGGUGUCUGUGUGGGAGUCCCAGGAGCAGCACCUGCUGGAGAUGUUUCCCAAGUGUAGUCUGUCUGAGGCUCGCAGCGCCCUGUCUAUCGCCAAAGGAGACAUGGAGGAAGCUGUGCGCCUUAUCAUAGAGGGCGACAUCCAACUCAGCCCCAGUCCUCUUAACGUACACCACGGGAAGAGUGUUUCCUCACAACCGGACCACAAACUUAAAGAGAGCAUCCUUGAGAAGUACAUGCUGGUGGACAGGGAGGAUGAUAAGAAAACACACCGGCCUGUCACCCCCAAAGAUGCUCCAAAGAAGCUAGUUCGGUACCACGGUAACCAAGUGGUAACCACAAAAGGAGAGCGAUAUCAGCUCGUGAAGAAAGACGAAGAAGAGGACAUGAAGAAGACAUACGUCAACCUCAAGCCUGCACGAAAGUACAGAUUCCAUUGAUGACGAGCACAAUAGUGCAAGAGCAGCUACUGACACUAUUGUUUACACUUUUUUUUAUUUAUUAAGUUCAUUUGGCCUGAUUUUUCCCAAGUAAAGGAAGAUAUUCGUUAAUGUGUCAGUGGCUUAUUUUAAACUAGUUACCAUUAUAUGCCUCGGUUAUUCAGUUACAGUGUUUCAGUUGUUUGAGGAGCUUUUGAAAUUGUGUGUGAUAUUUUGGUGAGGAUGUUGUAACUUGUGUUUUUGUUUGCGUAACAGCCUAACCUAUCUACUUUUUGCCAUCUCAGCAGGUCUGAUGUUGCACUGACAUUACUAUCUUUUUUUUACCUCUUCAUUUCAUUUCCUUUUCUUUUUUUUAUCUGUAUAUUUUUUAACUUCCAAUAGACGAUAUAGAAUCAUAAUUAUGACACUAAGUUGUAGAGAGGAGUCUAUUGUCAUUUCUGUAAAUAAGUUCUCGUGGUGCUGUAGAGAUUCUUCUGGACAUUACCAAGCCUCAACUGCUUUUUUAUGUACCCGUCAAGUCUUUGAUGCCAAUUUCAUUUAAAGAUCUAUUUUUACAUCAUACAGGAAAACAGUGCUGCGGAAAUGUUUGUUCAAGCCUUGUGAUUUGGGUAAUUUGUUGUGCUACAAAAUGUAUAAUAAUAUAGACUUUUUACUAACAUUUGUACAGCGGGUAGCUACAGCAAUCCUCACCUAAGAGUUUGAUAUGUGGUCUCUUUGUUGGAUACCUAUGGUGUGCUACAGAUGUCUAACUUAUAGAACUUAUGAUGCACCCACAGUAUUGUUUUACUUACAAAGACUAGACUAUAAUGUGUACAGUACUGAAUUUCAACUAAAGAAUCUGUUCUGUACGAAGCAGCUUAACAGGAUAAAGUCAUCUGCAUAAAGUUGCUGAAUUUCUGCAGAUUUUAACAGAAUUAUCCAGAUAACUUUUUAUAAUGAAGGUCUUAUGUAGAUGAGGCACCUCGAAUUGUCCUCAUAACAAGUAAAUAUGCUGCUAGCAGUUAAGUCCACAAGAGGAAGGCCACAGUCCUGAUUGUUUUUUAUGCGUGGCCGGAGGCGUUAUGUUUUCGGGUUGUCCAUCCGUCCAGACUAUUCUUGUGAACGCGAUAUCUCAGGAACGCCUAAAUGGAAGUUCUUAAAAUUUGGCACAAAUGUCCACUUGGACCCAAGGAUGAACUGCUUUGGUUUUGGUGGUCAAAGGUCAAGGUCAGUGUGACCUCACGUCCGUCCUAUUCUAGUGAUAUCUCGGGAACGUCUUGAGCAAAAUUCUUCAAAUUUGGCAGAGGUCCACCUGGACACACGGAUGAACUGAUUCCACUUUAGUGGUCAAAGGUUACUGUGACCUCACAAAACACGUUUUUGGCCAUAACUCAAGACACUAAUUAUGACAAUUUCACAGAAAUGUUUAACAGGAUAAAAUGAUGAGGUAAUGACAUUUUGGACAGACAUGGAUGUAAACUGCAACUUGACUGGUUGGCGGAGGCGUACAACUGCAAGGCGGUAAUUCUAGUUUAUCUCCUAUCACACCCCUUAGGGCAAAUAAAGGAAGUUUAUGUGAUAAUAUGCAAAGUUUAACACUACAUAAAAUAUUUUUUGUUAAUUUUGAAAAUGAAAAAUAGAACACGCUUUAAAAUGUUUGAAACGUUUUGUUGGCCCGUCACUACGAUCUCAGAGACCUACUUUCAGUGACACAACUAAACUCUUGACCAAACAAGGGGUGCAUCUUUAAAUAUGAUUUUGUCACUCAACUUGAAUGGAAAACACUGUAUGACUAUCAAUAAAUUAAUUGGUAAUUCAUUUUCUAGCACAACAAAUUAAAUCCUCAAGAGGUGCUCACACUAUAACAGCCGUGUCAUUUUUGUCAUAAUGAAGUGGAGGACUGUGGUUGCCCCCUAAAUGUUAAGCGAAACAUGCUGCAGGAGGACUUGAUUUUAAAGUUCAUUCCAAUGGCAUUGUCUUUAUUUUUGAUAUGGAUGUUUAGAUUUGCAAAGUCUCCAAUCAUGUAUUUAUUGUGAAGAGGGCCGUUGUGAUGCUUUUAGGGUCUGUUUACAUGAUGUUACAUACAGUAAGAGGUCCUCUAUCACGACUCCUUUCAUCUCAUUUGUGUUGUGAAUUUUGCUUCGCUUGUGAUUGUUGGUCGUGGGGAUUAUGAUUAUGAUUGGAUUCUUAUUUGAUUCUUGUUAGUUGUAUAUUAGGAUAAAUUGGUUGGUCAGGUGUUUUUUUUACAAAUAUAUAUUGUGGUUUAUUUGUGUUCCCCUCUGCUUCCAUUUCAAGCAACUAUAGGCGAUUGCUUUUGAUUGGUGGUAUAAUCUAGUUUUCCUGAGUGUAGGUGUAACACAAUCGAGUGUUGAAAAGAUGUGUUGUUCUUUAAUUACUAUAUGAACCUGUUUAGUCUAGUUGUUUUCAGAGUUUUAACCCUCUGCUUUGAGAAACCGCUGACGCACAAUUUGUAGUAAAUAAAAUACUAAUUUUUGUAGAUCA